UGGGUAAAAAAUGGCCGGCUUUACUCCUGUCAAUAAAUGAUUAACCCUAAUAUUUGAUCUUUUUGUUCUGUAGCUUUCAUUUUUUCAAUGCUUUGUCUAAAAUGGAUUAGCGACCAACCUUAGUUACAGCUUCAUACGUUAGCUAUUAGGUUGUGUUGGGUGGAGGUUCGGUUUUCUCCGGGAGAUUCGACUGUAUUUUCUCAGCAUCCAAGCAAGUCAUUGAUUGGUUUGCUUUUCUAAGAGGAUGUUGCCGGAACUUAAGAAUGGAGAAACUUAUAAUGGCCAUUUGGUGAAUCAUGAUACUUGUAUGAACUUUCAUCUCAAUUGCACCUCUAAGGUGAUUGAUAAAGUUCAGGAGGAGAUGCAAUGCCGCUCAGAUAGAAAGCCAACUGGGGUGGGCUGUGGAAGGGGAAAGAGUUGGGGAGGAAUGCAAGCAAUAGGCGUUGGGCAUGGUAUAGAUGAUGGAGUUGCCAUUGGCUUAGGCAGUGGGUGGGGCAAAGGAUGGUCACAGGCAGGACUGGUGCCAACAAAGGUACUCUCUUUGCAGUUAUCAUCUCUUUUGUGGAUGGUAAUAAAAUAACAGGUACAAUAGUCACAUUAAAUUCCUCGACAAGUGAUAUAUGUCAUGACAAAUGCCUUGGUUGUCUUGUGAAUCUAAUAAUUAGACAUGCCUUGCUGUACAUAACCAACGUUGUUUACACCUCAUAUGUUGACAAAGAAGGCGGUUUCUUACUGGGAGGGUGCUCUCCAUAUGCAUUGCAUGCUUUUUUGCUACCCUUGCAGUUUCCUAUAAAGCUUCUAUUGUAAGAAACUCUUGUCACUUACUAAAAAACUAUGCAGUACACAUUUACAUUUAACAAUACAAUCCUGGAGGAAGUUUCACAUUUUUUGUUUCUAUCUGGCUGAACAUCAGCUUUUCCCUCUGGAACAGGUGGGGGAAACAGUUGUGGUUAGUCCAAAUUUACGGCUCUAGUGGUUGGUUGAGGGGCAGUAAAGUAGUUCUGCUGCAAAUUAUUCGUUUAACAAAUUGAAGAUGCAUGUCACAAAGCAGAGCUGGAGCCUGGAGGGAAUUUCCUGUUCCAGUAGCUGAUGAGGAUUGUGAAGGAAAAGAUUUUGCUCCAGAGGACAUUAUUAGAAUACCCAUUGGCUUUAAGUGGUUUCCAUGUGUAAAAUUUAAUCUUUUAAGUUCCAUUGAAGUCAAGAGAGUAGUAAUAUUAUGAGAUGGUCAUUGACCUUCUGAUGAUUUGAAGAAGGAAUGCCUCCAUUUCAGAAAUUGAAAGAAAAGAUUUGAUGGAGACUCUGAUUUUUAGCCCUCACCAUUGGUGUCGAAUUCAUCCAUUAUGAACUAAUGCCCGUUUCCAGAACAUAUGAAAGGAACUAGCACCCAAAAAAUUUACAUACAUUUUUCACUGAAUGCAUGGUUUAACAGAACUGAAUUGGAACGCAUGCAAUUCCGAUUGAGCGUUGCAGUUUGAAACCCAUUGAAGUUACAGAGGGAUCAACAGCAGUGCAUCUGAAAAUAUCUUCAGCUGGACUCUAAAAUUGCCUAAUUGGCAAUGAUUAUUUAACCAUGCGAUGUCAAGUGGAUUUUUGUCGUUUCCAAGAGAGACUGCAGAAUUAAAUGACGAAUUGUCGACUAAGAAAAAAAAAAUCAGUUUUUGACUAAAAAAGAUUUUAAUUUUCAACUUGUCCAAUCUUAUCUCACGGACCCAUACGCCGUAUAAAAGGAAAGCAAAGCAUGAGGCAAUUUUGAGUGUAAGAGCUUCUUUCUGUGUUUUCCUUGUUCCAAUCAGCAACCGUCACUGAAAAUGGCUGAAAUUAAGGUGGAUGCUACUCACGACCACCGUCUGAUAGUAGCCGAAGCUAAUAUUUCUGAGCAAAAGAUCCACAAGGCAGGGCGUGUUGCUGCACUUGACAUCUUUCGAGGCCUCACAGUGGCGUUGAUGAUUCUGGUUGAUGAUGCUGGAGGAGAAUGGCCAAUGAUUGGACAUGCACCAUGGAAUGGUUGCAAUGUGGCUGAUUUUGUUAUGCCAUUCUUUCUGUUUAUAGUUGGGAUGGCCAUUCCUCUUGCUCUAAAGAGAAUAAUAAGCCGGGGUCAAGCCGUUAAGAAAGUGAUUUUCAGAACUCUAAAACUCCUCUUUUGGGGUCUCCUAUUACAAGGAGGUUUUUCUCACGCUCCUGACAAACUGACUUACGGUGUUGACAUGAAGUAUGUGAGAUGGUGUGGCAUUCUCCAGAGAAUUGCUUUUGCAUACCUAAUAAUGGCGCUGGUGGAAAUCUUUACAAAAGACACAAAACCUAGGGAUUUGCAACCUGGCCGGUUCUCUAUGUUUAGGUUAUAUUGUUGGCAUUGGCUGACAGGAGCAUGUAUACUUGUUGUUUACUUGUCUGUAAUUUAUGGGGCAUAUGUCUCUGAUUGGCAGUUUACCAUAAAUAAUAGGGACAGUGCUGAUUAUGGGAAGGUUUUCAAUGUAGUCUGCAAUGUUAGAGGAAAACUGGAUCCUCCUUGUAAUGCAGCUGGGUAUGUUGACAGAAAAGUCCUAGGAAUAGCUCACAUGUAUCAUCAUCCAGCUUGGAGGAGAUCCAAGGCCUGCACGGAGAAUUCCCCAUAUGAGGGGCCUUUCCAAAGUGAUGCUCCAUCAUGGUGCCAUGCACCUUUUGAACCUGAAGGAAUCCUAAGCUCAAUAUCUGCUGUUCUCUCUACUAUCAUUGGAGUUCAUUUUGGACAUGUGCUUGUACACUUGAAGGCUGAUUCCAGUAGGCUAAAGCAUUGGAUUCUGAUGGGAGUUGCUCUUCUCAUUAUAGGAUUUGUUCUUCAUUUCACAAAUGUUGUUCCCUUAAAUAAACAGCUCUACACUUUUAGUUAUGUUUGUGUAACAUCCGGAGCUGCAGCAUUGGUGUUUUCAGCUAUCUAUGUUCUGGUUGAUAUUUGGGGUUUGCAGUUCAUUUUUCUGCCAUUUAAAUGGAUUGGCAUGAAUGCCAUGCUUGUUUAUGUAAUGGCUGCUGAAGGCGUCUUUGCUGGCUUUAUUAAUGGCUGGUACUAUGAUGACCCCCAUAACACAUUGAUAUAUUGGAUUAAAAAGCAUAUAUUCAUUGGAGUUUGGCAUUCUCAAAGAGUAGGCAUUCUACUCUAUGUCAUCUUUGCGGAGAUUCUCUUCUGGGGUAUCAUCGCAGGCAUCUUACACGGCCAAGGAAUUUAUUGGAAGCUUUAGUACUCAUGUGAUGUAUAUUUUACACAAGUGGUGUCAUAUUCUGUGGAUUGUGUAUGAUUAGCAUGUACCUUUUUCAGUCGCAUUAUAGCUUAAUGCAGUUGAUAUUUCUUUC